AUGGCAAACACACACGACAGCAACGGACACCCCAGGGAAGGCUACCUGAACCUGACCCGGCGCAUGGAGACUGAAGAGGAAGACCAAUUUGACGUCGAUCUCACCAUCUUAGAUUUCCUUGUCUACAAGGCCAUUGACUUGGUCUUUGAGUGGAAGUCGAGCAGUGAUCCAUACCAUUCAGAUCUGCCCAAUGCGCUCGUCAACAUGACUGCUGAUUGGAGGACAUUCCUCGGGCACAGACACCAUGGCCGACGCCUAGAUGCCAAGGCGUCAUUUCGAUCGCGUUUGUUGCAGUUUGCCCUGAUCUUCACACAUCGGCUGCAUCACGACGAGACCUGGACAACCGAAGAGUCGCUGAACAGUCUGCGCGAGCAGAACAAAUCCCGUGGCGAGUACUGGCGGCAACGAACUCAGCAUCCUUCUGCGCUCCAGGACCCUUUCGACCAGCAGAAGGACUUUCCUCUUUCCGAUGGCGCUCUUUACGAAAACCGCUCUGCUCUUGCCUCCGCACUGAGAAUGCCGGUGGAUCAGCGGAGGUGGGUGACCGAUGUAGCAGGCACGCCCUCGCUCCACUGUUUACUCCCUGUCUUCAUCGAGCUUACCGCCGCACGUGUCAAUCUGGAUGACGAUUGGCUGCCAACGGCUGAGUGGUUCGACUUGGCAGCACAUUUCAUGCUACAGGCUAUCAUCGGCGAAUAUCUUCGUAAUGGUGCUUACGGUGACGAAGCUUUUAACACCAUCUUCGCCUAUGGCUGCCCUGGCGUCGAACGAUGGGCCGAAGAACCAGCGGACGUGGCAGCAAUGAGGAGACUCUUCUGUGCUGAAGGUAAUCUUCGCGAAGAGAACUGCGAGUGGACCAGGAUCAAGCGCCAAUACAUCAACGAACUAAUACCAAAUGGUCGGGCGCAGUCAAGUCUACAGGCGAUAGAAGCAGCCCAGGAACGAUAUCCGUACGCCGAGUUCGAAGAGAAGCUACUAUCUUUUCUCAAAUAUCUCCACGAAGGCCUCGUCAAGCCAGAUCUCGCGCAAGUCGAAGAAGGUCGCAUCAACAUCGACGGCAACGAACUGUCUGAAGCAGAAUCACGAGCCAUGAUCCAGCGCAUGGGGCUUUGA